AUGACCCCUCGCGCUCUCAUUCUCUUGCUGUUCUGUCGUGUCGUGUCCGCGGUAACGCUCUAUGGCGUGCAGGGCGUCCUGACGCCUGGGGUUCCGACGACUACCCCCGAUACUGCCAGUGGUACUUCCGUGUAUGAUCCUCCGACGGAGACUGGUCUGCAGGCAUUCAACCCAGUCAUUCUCGCGCCACCUGCUGUUCCUUCACCACCCAUUACCAACCAGUUCUGGUUACCUCUCUCGAACAGUGCCCAAAACGCGGCCAACAACUACAAUGUGUCUAUCCAGCAGGACGGCGCGUUUCUUGGAUUAUCUAUUGAAAUGUCCGUGAUCAACCAAGUCAUUGGUCUAAACGGAUCGUUUCUGCAUGUACCCUUCCUAAACCUCAUGGCGCUUGUCGCGGAACGGGCAGGAAGUGUCCGUGUUCGGGUCGGUGGCAACACUCAGGAUUACGCCGUCGAAGUGGAUAGUCUCCCGGAUUACAAGAUGGUCAUGAAAGACAAGGCCGAUUCCAGAGAUACUACGGAGACACCAACCAUGUAUUGGACACCCGAGAUGCUUUACUUACUGAGUAACGUCUCUUCGCACGUGAAUGUCAAAUGGUGGCUUGGUAUUCCUUUCAACGAUACAUCUAACCUACGGUUGCAAAUCGCCGAAAUGGGAGAAGCUAUCCUCGGAGACAAGAUUAUUGGAUUCCAGCUUGGUAAUGAACCUGACCUAUAUGCUAUGCACAACCAUCGUCCUGCGAACUACAAUGCAAGUGAUUACUUCAACGACUUCGCUAUGGUUUCGGGAGCCAUCAGCGACGAUCCGCAGAUUCCCGUACAUAACAAUCUCGUUGCACCAGGUGUUUCCGGGACGUGGACUCCAGAGCAAGUCUGGGAUACGGGAUUCGUCCCAGCUUUCUCGGAUGUACUGAAUGCGCUUGCGGUUGAACAUUAUCCGGAGAAUAAUUGUGCAGCACAAUUUCCUAACGAGGGAUUCGGUCCCCCGGUCGAUCCGCAAUCUAUCUUUCCGACCUACCUGACUCAUGCGUCGGGUCAGGGGAUCGUCGCCGCAUAUCUGAACUCUGCAAACAUUGCCCAGCAGGCGGGUAAGCCGCUGCUGAUGUUCGAGACCAACACUGCGUCCUGUGGAGGUUUCCCCGGCGUCAGUGAUAGCUUCGGCGCUGCACUAUGGGGCAUCGACUACAGCCUGCAAAUGGCGUACAGUAACUUCUCCGGCGCGAACAUGCAUGUCGGUGGUGUAGAUGACAGCUAUAAUCCUUUCACUCCCCCUCCAAGCAAUCUGUCUUCCUGGGCACAAUGGACAAUCGGGCCGAUCUUCUAUUCCAUUAUCGUCUCCGCUGAGGCGCUCGGCUCAACUGGCACAGCGCAGGUCGUCGACCUCAACGCGAAUAGUUACAACCCAUACACGCCUGCGUAUGCGAUUUACGAGCAGGGCACGCUCGCGCGCGUCGCGCUCGUCAACUACCUCAGCGACACGUCGGGGGCGAGCACCCUGACGGUGAAUGUCACGGUAGGUGGUGCGGGCACGGUGGAGUCUGCCUCAACGCCGGCGCAAGUCAGAGUGAAGUACCUACUUGCGGAAUCGGUCGCUGUCAAGGAAGGUUUCACUUGGGCCGGUCAGACAAUGGGCAAUCGUUUUGCAAGUGACGGCCGCCUGCUCGGAAACGAGACCGUGCAGACCGUGCAGUGCGACCAGUCCACGAACACGUGCCAAGUGACGGUGCCCGCGCCAGGCUUCGCGCUCGUCUUCAUGACUGACACCGCCUUUGACGACGCCUCGCCGUCGAGCACCGCGACGUUCGCGACGACCACCCACACGUAUGGCGCGCUCACUGUGAGAGUCAGCCCGUCGGUGCUCGCCACGUCGAACGGCGAUAACGCCGGGGAUCGCGACGACUUGGGGAGCACCAGCAAGGGCAGCUCGGGUGCGGAGAGGAGCGCAGGCGUGGCGUCGGGCGUGGUUGCGCUGGUGGCUCUGCUUGCGGGAGCGAGCGUCCUGCGCGGGGCGUUGCGUUCAUAG